GCUCGGUCACGUGACACCGUGGCUUUGAAAGAGGAGGACGGAGCUGCUGCUCCACAGAGGGCGCGGAGCAGCCGGAGCAUCAUUGGGCUUAGUAAAGCUAUUAGUGGCAAAAUUUGGGGUUGGUAGCAUGAGGCAGGACGGUUCCAUGCAGAUGGCUGCGGCGCAGAAAGAGGGCUCAGACCAGAACUUUGAUUACAUGUUUAAACUGCUGAUCAUCGGGAACAGCAGCGUAGGGAAAACAUCGUUUCUCUUCCGAUACGCUGACGACUCCUUCACGUCAGCGUUCGUCAGCACGGUGGGCAUCGAUUUCAAAGUCAAAACUGUGUACAAGAACGACAAGAGGAUCAAGCUGCAGAUCUGGGAUACAGCAGGACAGGAGCGUUACAGGACCAUUACGACUGCCUACUACCGCGGUGCCAUGGGUUUCAUCCUCAUGUAUGACAUCACCAACGAGGAGUCAUUUGGAGCCGUUCAGGAUUGGUCGACCCAGAUAAAGACGUACUCCUGGGACAAUGCGCAAGUCAUCCUGGCCGGCAAUAAGUGCGAUAUGGAGGAGGAGAGGGUUGUGUCUGUGGAGAGUGGCAGACUGCUGGCUGAACAGCUGGGUUUUGAAUUCUUUGAGACCAGUGCAAAGGACAACAUCAACGUGAAGCAAACCUUCGAGCGUCUGGUCGAUAUUAUCUGUGACAAGAUGUCUGAGAGUUUAGAGACUGACCCUGCUGUUACCACAGGAACCCAGGGCAACGCCAGACUAACAGACAACCCACCGCCCAUACAGCAACCCAACUGUGCCUGUUAAGUGUUCUGCCUAGUGCGUCAUAGUCCAGCGCGUGCGUGUCUGUUACUUAGGCAUUUAACCUUUAACCUUGUGGGUGACCGGUGCCAGAACAAGCCUGUUCUUAUUAGCCAUGGAAGACUGAGUCAUGUGAUCCUCUGCCCCUGCCCAAAUAUUGUUUUGCGUUGGAAUCUGACUGCUUUGCUUUUUUUGUUUGAGAAAAGAUUCAGAACGGCUUCAAAAAAGCCAAAAAGCUUUUGUUUUGUAAGCUCUGUACAUAUGAAAAAGUGAUGCUCUAGAUGGCCAGUGUUAGACUCUUUUUACAGCAUAUGAACUGCUCUGGCACCGCUGUACCACACCCAUAUCUGACUCUCUGAUGUGCAGUGCCUGGUUCUUUUUAGUUUAACGUUCAUUUUUUUUCUUCUCUUUAGAGUGGAUCUAAGUCACUGUGGUCUUGCACUGUAACACGAAUGGUUCAAAUUGUUCCAGCGUGCAUGUAUCAGAUAUUUAGAGUUCAUUUGAGCAUAUGGUCAGUUUGCUUGUCUUAGGCCUGUUCAAGAAAAGAUGUAGCUCUUUCAAAGCAGGAGCAAUUCAUUUCCUCUUAAAUCAGAAUGUGGGGUUUUUUUUUUUGUUUGUUUUGUUUUUUUACAGUUCCAACUGCUUAUUUUGUUAGCGUUUCAGCACACUGAUCUAUCUGUGUGGAGGUUGGUGGUGUGCGUACACCUCAAGUAAUUUAGAAAUACCUGAAAUAUAUAAUUGUAUAUACCUCAGCAGUUUAGAAUCGGAGAUGUUGAGUGAGCCAUACAGGGACACACACUAUAUUAACAAAUGUUUCUAUUAUUAGUAGUUUUUCAGAGAAAUCUUCAAAGAUUUUUAUGUGAUUAAACUUAUUUAUUUAUCUAUGUAUUUAAUGUAAACCUUCUCAGAGGGUUCAGAGUUGGAAGAAAAGCUUCAAAUGUCAGGCUUGUUUGAUAUUUGAUUAUAUGAAAUGAGUGCAUGUUCGUGGCCGCAGUGCUCCCUGUCCUUUCUCUUUGUGUUUAUCGCUGUGGUUUCUUUAUUUCUGCUGGCAAAAAAGGUACUUUGUGGUAAAAGCAGAGCCUUUUAGCUUCUCCCGCCUCAAUUGGUAUCUCAGUCUAGCCUAAGAGCGGCUUUUGUGGUGUUUAGAUGUUUCCUGUUUUCUUACUGAAAGUGAAGUGAGUGAGCUGUCUGGGGCGAGAGAACGCCGCGAUACUCAAGCAAAGGUCCCAGGCAGCUAUUUCUGCAGCGUGAGUCAGUCCAUCAAUAUUUAAAUGGGAAAACCUGUUAUGACUUCUUGGAUUAUAAAUAACAAGCUUGUUUAUGCUUCCUAUUGUGAAUCACCACUGCCAGGCACCUGUCUGCAAGCAGAGCUCUCUGUCCCCAUUCGGUUCACUGUUUUCUGUGAUUGCCAGCCGUGAUACUGCAAUUGUCAUCCAUGCUCCCUCUGUAAAUGCAUUCUUUUGAGGCCACUGUUGAGAGGUUGGACAAGCUUUACAAAAUGUUGGGAAAGAAAAAAUCCUCUUUUGUAGCAGACAACUCAGUUUUUGCACAAAUGUCUGAAUUUAGAAGGCAAAAGAUGUGUUGUAUUUUGUAUCAUGUGGCAGGUGGCCAUGAUAGAAUAGAGCAGAUGUAGUUUUUCUUGUCGUGUAAUCAGGCUGGCGUUAGCAUUGUGGCAAAUUAAAUUGUUUCCAACCUGUGUAGCUUUAGUGAGCUACAAGAGCAGUGCAGUAGAUUAGCAUCUUAAACUGGAAACUUAGUAGCUACGUGUCCAUUGAAUUGUUCUGCAAAUUACAAGCUAUGAAGUUUUUGAAGCAUGAAAUCAUUUUUUUGUAAAAGUGUCACUGUUUUCAGUGGCAAAACUGUUAGAGCCAGACCUUCAGUUAAUGCCAUAAAUGUCAAAACGAGAAGCAAGCCCACCCCAUUAACAAUACUAAUGACUUCUAGUGCCCUUAUAUGAUUUUGGUAGCAUGUUAGCACUAAGCUAACAGUGAAUUACAGCAAUGUUUUUGGUUGUUCUAGAUUAAAUACAGAUAUUUGAAGCUAGUAACAGACGCAUUAAUGUUUUUAACAUGGCAUUUUUUCUCACAAAAUCAAUCCCAUUCACUGUAAAUCAAAACGUGAUUUACUGCUGUACUACUACAAAACAUGACUGCACAUUGUUACAGUGGGGCAAAAAGUAUUUAGUCAGCCACUGAUUGGUUCUCCUACUUAGAAAGAUGAGAGGUCUGUAAUUUUCGUCAUGGGUACACUUCAACUAUGAGAAAA